AUGACUGAAGCUCCACCACCGCAGCAGUUUGACGGGGCAUUCACCCAGCAAAAAGUGAAUGAAUUCUUGCAAGAAAUGGCCAAAGUAAGUGAAAUAGUCUAUUGGCUGUUCUUCAUGUUCUGAUGUUCGUAGGCGGCCAACAUCGACGAUAUUACGGAUCCAGCUUUGGCUGAGUUUCUUAGCGAUAGCGACGGUCUCAAGGGAAUAAGAGAUCUGUUCCACUACCCAAAGGCUGGAACUCUUCCCGAUGGUUUAUUUCAUUCGUUAGUCCACUUUUCCAAUGAUUUCCUUCCAGUGGACCCAACUCUCGUGGACCCGGAAAGUGAUAGUAUCUACCUUUGUGGUAACUCUCUGGGACUCAUGCCGAAAGCAACUGGGCGGAAGAUGCAGGAGCAGCUCGAUAAAUGGGCGAAACAGUAGGGUUUUGAGUGAUCUUCCGAGAACAUGUAACUUUAUUCAGGGGUGUCUUUGGACACAUGUCUGGAGAUCUUCCAUGGGCUCAUGCCGAUGAGCAUGCUCUUGAGGGAGUAGGACGCUUGGUUGGUGCCAAGAAAGAAGAAAUCGCCGUGUGCAACAGUCUCACCGUCAAUAUCCACAUCCUUUUGGUAAGCGCUUGCUCAUGUCGCUUUGUCAUCUCAGGUUUCAGACCGCUUUCUACAAACCAACUGACACACGUCAUAAGAUCCUUCUGGAAUCCAGAGCGUUCCCAUCCGAUCAUUACGCCAUCGAGUCUCAACUGCGCCUGAAGGGACGUUCUGUGGAGGAAAGCAUGGUGUGCUUGGAACCGGGAAGAGGCAUUGAUUUCCUCCGCACUGGGGACAUUCUCGAUUAUAUCGAGAAGCACGGUGAAGAAGUCGCCAUCAUUUUCUUCUCGGGCAUCCAAUAUUACACCGGCCAGUUGUUCGACAUUCGCGCUAUCACCGAGGCCGGACAUCGCAAGGUUUGAAAUCAUUUUUGAAACCGGUUUUGAAUAUCUUUCUUUUUUAGGGGUGCCUUGUCGGUUGGGAUCUCGCCCACGCCUUCGCCAACGUUCCUCUUCAUCUACAUUGGUGGGACGUGGACUUUGCCGCUUGGUGCUCUUACAAAUACGGAUGCACCGGAGCUGGAGGCAUCGCUGGGCUCUUUGUCCACGAGAGAUUCUUGGACGACAAGAGGGAUAGAAUGUUAGGAUGGUGGAGUCACAAGAUGGCUACUAGAUUCGCCAUGGACAACGGUGAAUAUAUAUAGUUCGAAGAUAUUAAUCAAAAUAAUCAAAUGUUUAGUCCUCGACUUGGACCAGGGUGCUGCUGGGUACAGAAUUAGCAAUCCACCGAUUCACUUGGUGGCGGCACUGCUAGGAAGUUUGGAGGUAUGAAUUGAAACUUUUGAGCCCUGGGACAUGCUUUUUCUGAUUCCAGGUUUUCAAUCAAGUGCCUUUCGAGCACCUUCGCAGCCGUUCUUUGUAUCUCACCGGAUACUUGGAGAUUCUUGUGGAGCACUUUUUCAGUAAACACUCGCCGUACAGAACUACUAAGCUCAUGAUCGACAUCAUCACUCCAUUGGAUUUCCACGAGCGCGGCUGCCAACUUUCGCUCCGUUUCUCCUCUCCGAUCGACCGGAUCUACAAGGAACUGGUGAAGCGCGGAGUUGCCGUGAGUCAUCCUGUCUCUAUUUUCGGGUAUAUUCAAGGAGUUUCAGGUUGAUAAGCGAUAUCCGAAUGUGAUCCGUGUGGCUCCGGUCCAUCUCUACAACAACUACGUCGACAUCCGUCGUUUCAUCUCCGCUCUUGAAGAAGUAGCGCUCCUUGUCGAGGGAGAAAUCGAAUACACUAAACUUCCAGAAGCCAAUUCUUCUCAAAACUAG